AUGGGGAAGAAAAGACCAUCCAAGAACAGCUCCGAGGAAGAGCGAACUCACAAGAAAGUAAAAGUUGUCCAACCAAUAGUUGAGGAAUCAGAGUCUCCAGAAGAGGACUGGGAGGACGCGGCUGAAGAGAUAAUAGCUUCUGAUGACAAUGUGGAAGUCGAUUCGCUUCCUAUAAACCGUCUGGAAGAUGAAGCUAGUGACGAUUCCGACAUUGAUCAAGGUAUUGAAGAAAACGAUGCCAAUGCUAAUCAAGACGACGAUGAACAAGAUGAUACUGUGGACGAUGACGACGACGAUGAAGCCAGUGAAGAAGAAGGCGAAGACUCGGAUCAAGUUACAGAGUCAACCUCCACCGAUAAUACCAGUAAUCCAAAAGCAGCUGUUGCCGAAUACCUUGAAGGAAGCUCUUCAUCAGAGUUUGCAUCACUGAAUCUGUCAGAACCAUCCAUGAAGGCUAUUCAAGAAAUGGGAUUCACGAGUAUGACUGAGGUGCAGGCUCGUGCCAUUCCACCUGCCAUGACUGGUAGAGAUAUUUUGGGUGCUGCAAAGACUGGUAGUGGUAAAACUUUGGCAUUCCUGAUUCCUACUAUUGAGCUGCUGUGUAGGUUGAAGUUUAAGCCUAGAAAUGGCACAGGAGCUCUAAUCAUCUCUCCAACCCGUGAAUUGGCAUUACAAAUCUUUGGUGUUGCCAAAGAACUACUCAAACAUCAUCAUCAGACUUUUGGUAUCAUCAUGGGUGGUGCUAAUCGUAAAGCUGAAGCUGACAAGUUGGCUAAAGGUGUCAACUUGCUUGUUGCUACUCCUGGUCGAUUGUUAGAUCAUCUUCAGAACACCCGAGGAUUCAUAUUCAAGAACAUGAAGGCUCUAAUCAUUGAUGAAGCUGACAGAAUCUUGGAAGUUGGUUUCGAAGAAGAAAUGCAUCAAAUCAUCAAGCUUCUUCCCACUGAACGUCAAACAAUGCUAUUCUCUGCUACACAAACAACCAAGGUCGAUGAUUUGGCUCGUGUGUCAUUGAAGAAGGCACCCUUGUACAUUAAUGUUGAUGAAAACAAGGAGAAGGCGACUGUCGAAGGAUUGGAACAGGGAUAUGUUGUUUGUACUAGUGAAGCUCGAUUCCUGUUGCUCUUUACGUUCUUGAAGAAGAAUCCGAAAAAGAAGAUUAUCGUCUUCUUCAGCUCUUGUAAUGCUGUCAAGUACCAUGCUGAGCUGCUGAACUAUAUUGACAUACCUGUUCUUGACUUGCAUGGUCGUCAAAAACAACAAAAACGAACAAACACCUUUUUCGAGUUUGUUAAUGCCGAAUCAGGUGUUUUACUAUGUACCGAUGUAGCAGCUCGAGGUUUGGACAUUCCAGCAGUAGACUGGAUCAUCCAAUACGAUCCACCAGAUGAUCCACGCGAAUACAUACACCGAGUAGGUCGUACUGCUCGUGCAGGUGGUCGAGGACGAGCACUACUCUUCCUGCUCCCAUCUGAACUUGGCUUCCUCCGCUUUUUAAAGCAAGCCAAAGUACCACUCAACGAAUACCAAUUCCCACAAAGUAAAGUAGCCAAUGUGCAGUCGCAACUUGAAAAGCUGGUGGAAAAGAACUAUUAUCUACACAAGUCUGCACGAGAUGGAUAUCGGUCGUAUCUACAGGCAUAUGCGUCACAUUCCCAAAAGGCUAUAUUUGAUGUCGGGAAGCUGGAUUUACAAAAGGUGGCAAAGGCUUUUGGGUUUUCGGUGCCUCCGUCGGUGAAUCUAAAUGUUGGGGGUGGAGGAGCUGAAAGGGGGAGUCCGAUUGUGAGACGUGGAGGCGGUGGUGGAUAUGGUAAAGGUGGCGGAGCUGGGUAUCAGAAUAAGAAUAAGAUGGAUCAUCAAAAGAUUUUUAAUAGUAACAAGAGGGUUGGAAGGGAUGGACGUCAAUGGUCGAGGUGA